AUGAUUAUAAGCAAUGAUCUUGGGAAAGAUAUCACAUUAUUGCUCAUGGUAGACCUAGCUGACUACGACACACUGCACAAUCCCCCAACCCCUAUCUGCUGGAAGGUUCUCAAGUUUGAACCAACUGGAAAAGUUCACCAUACAGUACAAUUCAGCAACAUCGGCGUGCUCAUCAUCCCGAAGAAAAGCGACAAGAACCUGAUUUCUUCUGUCAACGCACAGCGCAUCAAGACUGGUCAAACGUGUGUUAUGACCACUAGCGAAAGUGGCGGGAACGUCCUCAGCGCACCCAGCGUGGGUGCAAAUGCUGAUAUAAUCAGCUGCAAGUUUGACGUUUCGGAAGAGGCAGACGUUGCGUUCAUUAUGCCGGGUUCUGACUCUGUUAUCAAGGGGUUAUACAAAGGGGAUGGGGAAGAUGUUGAUCCAAUCAUGAUAUGGAAUAACAUAAGCAGUGGACAUUAG